GCGCUGCGGACAACGAAGCGAGUUGACGUCCGAACAGUUAAUCACCAGAUUACGUCACGCCUUUAUGGUCGGGUUUUCCACGACCGUCACAGAGAACGAUAAACAGUCUGUGUGAACAAUGUGGAACGAAGGAGACCCUCGGCGUGAGCUGCCGAGCCACGAGGUGGCCAUGGGCCGGUCGCCCGGAGCCGAGGUGGUGGUGCUGGACGACCGGGUGAUCGAGGCGGCGUCGCGCGCGCAGCCCGGCGUCACCAACAUCAACGUCACCAAGUCCUCGCGCCUGCACAUCGGGCCCAAGUUUGUGUCGGUCACCCAGAACAUCGACAACACCGAGGUGGUCAAAGACUUACCCUUGCCUCGGUAUUUGUGGGACAUAGCGAAAAGUACCACGAGAGCUGAAAGACUGUCCUGCGCAGCCGCCAUUGUAGUGCUGGCUGUAUGCAUCAUUUUAAUAGUUUACUUCACCGUCGUUUCUAAGAAGAAUGUAAAUAAUAUUGUAGAUGUCGCUCCACACGAUUGGUACAUCACCAGAAAAAUGUGGCUGGCACCAAAGUUCUUAGAUGACGACACAACUGAAUUUACUCCCGUGAAACUCAUCAUCAUCGCUCACACUGUCAGUCCCGAGUGCCAUUUGUUCGUGAAUUGCGCGGCUGAGAUGGCCAACCUCCAGUCAUAUUUUAGCAGCCAUUACCAGUACAAUCUGCCAUACAAUUUCGUGAUAGGAAAUGAAGGAAGAGUUUAUGAAGGUCGCAGUUGGAAGAAAAUUGGUGCACACACCUUAGGAUUCAACCGUUGCUCUCUUGGCGUAGCGUUUAUAGGUGACUACCGCGAAGGUUUACCAUCUUAUUCAAAAGUGACAAGUCUACAACUCCAAAGAGCACAAAUGUUGUUCGACAAGGGUGUGGAGCUUGGAUAUUUAGACAAAGACUACCGUGUCGUCGGAGCGAAAGAUUUGGCUUCCUCAUAUAGUCCUGGUGCCAAUCUAUACAGAGAGAUACAAAAGUGGCCCCACUACGCGCAUAAUGACACUUUUAAAGACAAAAGUUGUGAACAAAUUUAUAACAGGGCGUCACCACCCACCAGUUCUACCCUGAGAACAUUGUUAUCAGAUAUAAAUGAGACAACCACAUUGUUAUGAGACAGAGACUGAAUGACCCAGCCGUAGUUUGAUGUGUGCAUCUAUAAGUGUGAGAUGUGUAGGCAUGUGAGUAACCAGAGAAGUAGUAAAUAAAAUAUAAAAAAUAAAAUAGUACACAGAUACACAACAACUGUAGAAUAAUUUGUGGCCAUUCAAUAUACAUAUCGAGUUCUUGGGUAUAUAAAUAUAGGUAUUUAAGAUGGGUCAAACUAUAUCUGGACCGACAACCGAGAUAGGUACCCAAAUAGGUACACAACUAGGUGUCUAUAAAUAAAGUUAUUAACUUUACCUAUUGUGAAAAAAAUUUAUGACAAGGGCAAGACCAAGAGUCCGUA